AUGCUUCAGACACAGUCUCAGCACGUCUUUUCCCACCAGCAUCAGUAUCCCCAGGCUGAUCCUUCUUGGCUGCAGCAUCAGCAGCAGCAGCAACAGCCACAGCAACAGCAUCAUCCGGCCCAGCCCCAUCCACACCAAGCCCAACAGCAGCAUUCGUCGCUGGUGGCUCAACAUGCUCAAGUUCAGGCUGCUGCCGCCGCAGCGGCUGCCGCUCAACAGCAACAUUAUAAUCGCAUCGCUAUGGCUGGAAACGGUGGUGCUGGGAACGCUGCGCAAGGUGCCGGUGCCGGAGCCUUGAAUGGAGAAAACGCUUUGUCCGGUGCGGUGUCGGUCAUGGAUGGUGGCAUCAGCGACGAGAACAGAAAGGUCUUCAUUUGGGUUGCAGAGCUGCUUGAUCCGAAUCGUCGGGAGGCGGCCCUGAUGGAACUCAGCAAGAAGAGGGAGCAGGUUCCCGAGUUGGCGCUGGUCAUCUGGCAUUCAUUCGGAGUCAUGACCGCUCUGCUCCAGGAAAUUAUCUCCGUUUACCCCCUGCUGAACCCUUCCCAGUUGACCGCUGCGGCGUCGAAUCGAGUUUGCAAUGCGCUGGCUCUGUUACAAUGUGUUGCCUCUCACAACGAGACUCGCACUCUUUUUCUGAAUGCUCACAUCCCUCUUUUUCUUUACCCAUUUCUCAACACAACUUCGAAGUCUCGACCCUUUGAAUACCUGCGACUUACUUCACUGGGAGUCAUCGGGGCGUUGGUAAAGAAUGAUUCGUCCGAUGUGAUCAACUUCCUCCUAACGACCGAGAUCAUCCCUCUGUGCCUUCGCAUCAUGGAGACAGGAUCGGAGCUUAGUAAAACCGUCGCCAUUUUCAUUGUACAGAAAAUCCUUCUUGAUGAUAUCGGUCUUGCAUAUAUUUGCGCUACAUACGAACGAUUUUAUGCUGUGGGAACAGUGUUGAGCAAUAUGGUCACCCAGCUUGUGGAGCAGCAGACUGUGAGAUUGCUGAAACAUGUUGUCCGCUGCUUCCUUCGACUCAGCGACAACAGCAGGGCUCGCGAAGCUCUACGCCAGUGCCUCCCCGAACCGCUCCGCGACGCCACUUUCUCCUCUGUACUCCGCGACGAUGCGGCCACGAAACGCUGCCUUGCACAGCUUCUCAUCAAUCUCUCUGAUAAUGUUUCCGACGGCGCUCCAGGAGUCACCAUGUAG